AGAAUCAACAACACUAAUUUCAUGAAAAGAGGAAAGAGUUUCGAUUUUUAAGUCACAUUCAAAACUCCACAUUACAAGAAUGUGAAAAGCCAACAACACUUUUUAAUCGCCUCUUCCAUUAAUGAUCAAUGUGAUCCUAAUAUUACUUUCACUCAUCCACAAUGUACCAUCACAGAGCUUAUGGAUUCACCCCAAUCUUUUUUUUUUUUUUUUUUUUUUUUUUUUAAUGUUCCUGGUCUUCUAUCUGUUUCUAUAUAUGUCCAUUCAUUGACCUAACAAUGUUCAAGUUAAACUACAUGUAGCUGGAUUACACAAAAUUGCUCGAGUCAUUUCAACAUACUUCACAUCAAAAUACCAUCAACCAUCACUCCAUCAACUUUUCCUUGUAACAAUUAUUACAUAGCAAACUGUAAAACAUUUGACGAAAAAAAUUGGGAAUUGGCCCAUUGUUUUUGUUGUCAAAGCUAAACUCAGCAUUUUUCCAAGCCCUUUUUCAAGUACAACAAAGAAUUAGUAGCAGUACAUUAUAAUCAUUUAUAUAUGUUCAUUUCAACACAAUUAUUACAAAAUUCAUUUUUUACCUUUUCCAGAUGUCAUCAAUUGACGUGAAAAUAAUCACAUCUCCAUCUCAGCGUGGCAAGUCAACCAUAGCAAAUGCUGUAACGUCAAGUAAUGAGGUAGUUGAGCUGAUGGUUGUUGAGGACUUUGCUCGCAUCGAAAAUAAAAUCGAACCAGGCACCUACGUUAAAUUCCUCCAAUACAAUACUCAGGAAGAACCCAACAAGAAGCGAAUCAAACUUCAUCGUAAGACAAAGAUCUUCACAAUCAAGCCCUUCGAUGUGGAUGCGACCAUUGAACAACACUUUUUCAAUGCACCACAUGCACCUAUAGACGAAGCGUUAAACAUGCAGUCAAACAAAAGAGUUUCCCUAAAAGGAAUUGCACAAAAUAUUUCACCAGUCAAAGAAGGACCAUCUUCAAGACGCAACGAACUUGUUCUGAAGGAUCCACAAACGUCAUCAAGCAUCCGAUGCAAAUUGUGGGGAAAAUUUGCAGAUUCUAGCAUUGCAAGUGGUACCCUCAUCGAUAUUCACAACGUGGAAGUCUCACACUUCGAGUCCAUGACAACUAUCAACACAACACCGGAAUCAACUGUGAAUGAACUCACUCGUCCACCAACAAGAGACUACAUAAUAACCGGCUUUGACAUUGACAGUGAACCAACUCAAAUUGUAACGACCACAGACCUGAUGUUCAACAUUAGUGCAGACCUUCUUCAAAAACUAGCUGACAAUGACAUCUCCACCCUAACAGACAAGCUUCCCCUUGCAUGCACCAUACAACUAGAUCUGAAAACCAACACUGUCAUCGGCAUAACACCGAAAUUCCAGCGGUGA